UCUUUUCCAGAAUCUUGCCUGGUAUCGACGUGAGGCUGACUGGAUGGUAGUUGUUUGGGUCAUCCUUUUUUCCCUUCUUGAAGAUUGGGACCACAUUGGCCCUCCUCCAAUCUGCUGGAACUUCUCCCGUUCUCCAAGAACUCUCAAAGAUGAUUGCCAAUGGUUCCGAAAUGACUUCCGCUAGUUCCUUCAAUACUCUUGGGUGUAGUUGAUCUGGCCCUGGGGACUUGAACUCAUUUAGAGCGGCCAGGUAUUCCUGGCCGCUCUAAAUGAGAAUGAGGGCAUCUUAGACCAGUGUUUCUGUUGCUGAUGGAGGAGAGUUAUGUCACUGUGUAACUCUAUUUUUGUUCCAGGGUUAUAAAUGUCAUUACCUCGUUGGUUCUAUCAUGAAAACAUGGGGAAAGUUUACUAUAUUGCAAAACGUUUCUUUUUGCAGGACAUCCUGCUGCACAUUUGCUAUAGCUUUUCAAUGAAUAUCUUGUACUCAACCCAUUCAACCUAGGGCCCUCCCACACAGCCAUAUAACCCAGAAUAUCAAGGCAGACAAUUCCACAAUAUCUAUUUUGAACUGGGAUAUCUUAGUCCACACUGCCAUAUAUUCCAGCUCAAAACAGAUAAUGUGGGGUUUUAUUCAGCUGUGUGGAAGGGGCCCAAGUGUGUGGCAGCCACAAAAAUGAAGUUUCUGGAGUAUAAUAACUACUUCCAAAGUAAGUACUGUAUAAUUAUACAGGACAUAACACUUUCAAAACAGGAACAGGUUUUUUUUACAAGUUUGGUUACAUAGUGUGUUUUGGGAGCUGAAACCUCCAAAACUUUAACUUUUCCCAGCCUGGGAAGUGCUGCUGAAGCACUCCGUGUGUGGUGUCAUAUCAUAAAUAUUUAAACUAUUGUCACACAUCUCUUGAGAUCAAAAACAUAUUUUUAGGUGGCCUGAAUGCCCGAAAGCUUGCCUCCUCAAACUGUAGCCCUCCAGCUGUUUGGGCCUCCAAGUCCUAGAAUUCCUGACCAUUGAACAAGCUGGCAAGGGCUUCAGAGCGUUGGGGGCCCAAACAACUGAGGGCCAGAAUUUGAGGGUGCCUUCCCUAAAGGCACAAAUUCUCAUCUGGCCUUAGAAGCUAAGCAGAGUCAGCCCUGGUUAGCAUUUGGAUGGGAGAGCACAUAUCAAGUAUUGUAGGCUAGAAGCAAAAAGAGUCACAUAUGUUCAUAUAACAAAUAAAUACCAGAGAUGCCCCAAGCCCCCAUCCUGGCAAUUAUAAUUAUUGAUCCUCUGAAGAUGCCAGCCGCAGAUGCAGGCAAGAAAAUGCUGUUAGACAAUAGCCAUACAGCCCAGAAACCACACAGCACCCCAUUAUUAUUAUUAUCAUCAUAAUCAUCCCACUUUCCACUUUCCUCUUUUAAUGGGUACUCAAAAUGGAAAAUUGAACAACACUUGCUAUGUAGUUUUCAAUAAUAAGCUGCUGAUGUUCUUCACCAAGGAGUUGAGUGGCUGUGUUAGUAUUCCAGACAUCUACCACACUCAGUUACUGUUUUCAAAGAAGACAGAUGGGAGUAGAAUAGUAGACUUUUGUAAUGGGACUCGUUAUUGUCCAUUUCGUAAUUGGGUUGGAAGCAUAGAUAAAAGUAAAGCAAAAAGAGGAGAGGUAUUUCAGAGAUGGAGAAAGAAAAGUGUAUUGGAGCCAGCCUAGUGUAGUAUUGGGGCAUGACUCCGGAGACAACAGAUUGAAUCCUUGCUCAACCAUUGGUGUAUCUGUACUAUAGAAUUAAUGCAUUUUCACUGACAUGGCUCAAAGCUGUGGAAUGAUGGGAUUUGUAGUUUAAUGAGACUCCAGCAGUCUUUGGCAGGGAAGGCUAAAGACUAUGUAAAACGACAGUUCCUGGGAUUCCAUAGCAUUGAGCCAUGGCAAUUACAGUGUUGUCAAGCUGCAUUCAUUCUACAAUGUGGAUGCAACUCAUGUAAACACACUGGAUGGCUCUGGACAAGUCCCAUACUCUUAGCUCCAAAAAAUCUUGUCAUAGUUGUCACCAUAAUUUGGAGACAUUUUAAGGCACACAGCUAAAAGAAGUAUUGACAUAGCAAUGAUAGCAUGGUAGAAAAUUACCAAGAUUUUGGAGAAGGAAUUGACACUGAUCCUGUAUCUUGUUUCCCCACAUCUGUCAAUACUCAACCCUUUCAACAGCAUGUCCACUCCCAUUGCAUCAAAGUCUCAGCGUCGUCUGUGGCGCUAUGUAGAUUCUGGCCGCCGUCACAAGCUGCGCAGGCUCCUGCGGCAUCAUGGGGAAACCUUGGAUCUGGCUGAAACUUCAGGACACAAGAACCGAACCCCACUCCAUAGAUCCUGUGCCAGACAAGACAUCAAAUCUGCCAUCCUCUUGCUGAAGUAUGGAGCAGAUGCCAAUGCUUUGGAUCAGAAUGGAGAUACGGCUCUACAUGUGGCUGCCCGGCAAGUUGCACGCAAAGGAGGCACAGUUUAUGAAGACCUGUUUGUACCUUUGCGAAAACGUUGCCCUUCCGCCAUGAGCAUCCAGAACAGAGAUGGAAAGACACCUGGGGACCUCCUGGGAGAAACGGAGGAGAAAUGGUGUCCCCAGAAAGACUUUGAGGAAGAAGACACUAAACGGGAUGCCGAGAGGGAGUGGCAGUCCAAGCUUCUUGGUGAAUGGGAAGAUGAAUAUCAGGAGACUUUCUGGCAGGAUGAAGAUGAAUUCAGCACCCAAAGUCCAGAUCCAGAAACCUUUGAAGACUGGGCCAACCGCAUAUUUCAGGAAUACAAGAAAAAACGCAGGAAAGAAGAGGAACAACAUUAUCGAAGGCCUAAAAAGGAAACCCCAAAAACUUCUGCGAAAUCAUGGCGCCUCCUGGAAGAAGAGCGCCUGCUGUUCGAAAAACGUGCCCAGGCCAAGGAGGAGGAGUUGAAGGAGGCCAAGAGGCGGCGCUAUGAGGAAGGCUGCAGCCAGGUCUUCUCCAGUUCCAGUUCCAGUUCCAGUUCUCAGUCUUUGCGUUAUGUAGACAUUCCCUGGCCGUGCCCAUCUGGGACACCUGAGCAGAUGGCCACCAUGGCGCUUCAUGGAGUGGACCCUGCUGACCAGGGAGCUUACCGGCGCUUCCUCCGACGCCAGCAGGCUCUCUGGCACCCAGACAAAUUCCUCCAGCGCUGUGGCACACGCUUAGCUGAAAAGGACCGGCGCCGGAUCUUAGACACUGUCACUGCCUUGUCUCAAACAUUCAACCGGCUUGCUGAGGCUGCCAAAUAACUUCAGGAAAUAACUGCAGCCUAUGUGACUGUUUUGUAGUUCUCAAAUAACAUUCUGAAUUUUGAUAUAAAGAAAAACAAAUAUGAAAGUUGACUAUACUAUGAAUUAUGUUAUUUAUUAUGUUUAUUGUUGUUUCCUGUUGGGCCCCCAAAGUGAUACUGCAAUAAAAAACAGGUUGAGUAUCAA